AUGAAAAACCGUUUUGUUAUUGUUACUGAUUCAUCUUCUUAUGUUGUUCAUUACGAUAGGAUUGAAGCUAUUGUUGGUAAUCAAGUACGUCCACCAAUUAUUUCUGCAGCAGAACACAGAAGAAUAAGAUCCGUUAAAGGAAUCAAUAGUGAUGUGUUUACUAAUUUUAUUGAAAACGUAUUACGCUCUUCAAUUAGUGAACUUGAUCCUUGUUCUAUGUAUCUAGUAUUAGAUAAAUUAAAUUUUCAAAAUGUAUCAAAAAAUGAACAAGCUUUUCAUAAUGUCGAAUACAUAGGACUGAUAGAAACAUUGGUUUCACUUCAUCAAGCAGCAAAAGGUAUCAAUCUAUCAAACAACAUUUAUUACUUACCGAAGAAAUUUUAA